AGCAGCCAGGAUAGCCAACAAGGAACUUAACCUACACACAGCCCACGCACACACACAGCCCACAGACACACCCACAGCUAAACACAGACAUGAUCAAGUACGUGUGGCACGUGGCGGCGCUGUUAAUCAUCUUCUGCUGGCUGCCGGCGAGCAGGGCGCGCACCGCCAGCUAUCAUCACAUCAAUGGCCUCGGCGUGGAGCAGCAGCAGCAGCAGCCACAGCAGCAGCAGCAGCCGCAGCAGCAGUCGCCGCCGGCGCAGUCAGGCAGCUCGACGGGCCUGUGGAAGGAUCUUUCGCUGGUCUAUCGCAUCUAUCAACAGUGUACGGGCGAGAAUCUGUCCGUGUGCCUUAAGGUCAAGCUGCUGACCGGUCUGGAGAAGGCAUUCCGCACGGCCAAAACGUUGCCGCUCUUCGAGGGCAUUCAGUUUGUGGGCAGCACGGAUGCGGCCCAGAAACGGGCACAGCUGCCGCCCAUCACUGAGCAGGACAUUGAGGCGGUGCUGCCGCGUGGCCUUGAUGCCAAAGAGCAGAUCCUGAACAGCAUGAUCAUGAAGCGCUUGAGCAACUUCCUGCAGGAUCACACGUUACAGAUAAAAUUUCCCGACAUGCACGCUGCGGACAGCAACUCCGUGGAGGGUCGCAAGAAGAAGGAUAAGAAGGGCAACGGCGCCUACAUAAUGAUACCCCUGCUGCUGGGCGGCACCUUUGUGCCCAUCGCAUACGGCGCACUGGCCAUGCUGGCGGGCAAGGCGUUGAUUGUGUCCAAGCUUGCGCUGGUGCUGGCCUCCAUAAUUGGCAUCAAGAAGCUGCUCAGCGGCGGCGGCGGCGGCAAGGAGUCCUCGCACGAGGUGGUCGUCUCCUCCGGCGGCCACUCCGGCUGGGGACGGGACUUUGACAUGGCGUACAGCGGCUGGAAGCCGGCCAAGGAGUCAGCGGGCAGCGCCAAGAGCCUGUAA